CUCCUACAGUCUAUAAGACCCGGAGCAGUCGCUCAGUCCUCAGCACAGCAGCUGAGAGUCAGUCCACAACCUCAGACAGCACAACAGAUUUUCUGCUAACUAAAGUGGCAUGGCUUCUAUGGACAUUGUGAAUAACCAGAAUGUGGUUGAACGCAUAGUUCACCUUCCCUUGGUUAUAUCCACCUAUGACUUGGUGUCAAAUGUGUACUGCAACACCAAGAACAACCAUCCGUACUUGAAGUCUGUGUGUGAGGUGGCUGAGAAUGGUGUGAAAUCCAUAACCUCAGCUGCUUUUCACAGUGCUUUACCAAUCAUUGGCAAGCUAGAGCCUCAGAUCUCUAUGGCAAAUGACCUGGCAUGCAAAGGACUGGAUAAGAUAGAAAGGACCCUGCCGAUCCUACACAAGCCAUCUGAUCAGAUCGUCGCCAGUGCUAAAGAGGCAGUGACAGGAGCCAAGGAAGCCGUCAGCGGUACCAUGAACGGUGCCAAGGAGUCUGUCUCCUCCACCCUCAGUGAAGUGACGGACAGGACACGUGGAGCAGUGCAGGAAAGCAUGGAGAAGACCAAGACGGUGGUGAGCGGUGGAGUCCAAACUGUGAUGGAGAGCAGGGUGGUCAAACUGAUGAGCAGCAGCCCAAUAGGCAAGAGGAUGAAAAAAACCUUGGAGAAACCAGGCUCAAUGAAUGAACACAGUGUGGUGUUGGUCAAGAUAACUAUUACUCAGAUUCUCCUUUUCUCUUUCAAUCAGCAAAUUGAAUCGCGCACAUUGACCAUUGCCCACAACCUCAGCCAGCAGCUUCAGAGCACAUGUCUGGUCUUGGUGUCCAGCUUCAAAGGUCUCCCUCAGCACAUCCAGGUCCAGGCCGUCUCCGUCAGCCACUCUGCCAUGGAGAUCUACAGCAGCUUCAGUAAGGCUGCCGCUAUAGGAGAUCUGUCCAACAGCGUCCUCACCACCAGUCGAUCCCAGCUGAGCAGAAUAAGAGAUUCCAUGGAUAACGUCAUGGACUACCUGCUCAACAAUACACCUCUCAAUUGGCUGGUAGGGCCAUUUUACCCACGUGCGGAACGCGGGGCUGCAAACGGCCCUGAAUGUGACAAACCAAGGACCCUUCGAGUCACUGAAUGAAGACCGGUGAAAUUUCAGAAUAUUAACCAUUUGUUUCUAUCUCACAAAUACACGUACAGUCACACAUUCCUGCCAGUAAAAUCCUUCUCUACUUUGAAAGCAGUGAUACUUUCUGUGAUAACAAUUAUAACUAAUAAUACACAGAGUUUUACUGAAUAAUGCUGCUGAAAUAUCUUAACUUUACUAUUCUAAACCUGCAUAUGCCUAAUCAUUUUAGGUAUAAAUAGUGCCUUUUUACACAGUU